GGCCUUGGGGCAGUGGCUGCCACCAGCCAUGGCUCCCAAAAAGAAGGCAACUAAGGGGGCCCAGGAGCCCGAGGUCAAGAAGAAAGGUGGCAAGAAGGAUGCCAGCAUGGCCAGCCAGCAAGCGGAAACGCCUUUAGGCGAGGAGACCCGAGAAUUCUACCACAUCCAGAUCCGGGACCUGGAGGACAGGCUGGCCCGGUACCAGCGGAAGUGGGAUGAGCUGGUGGUGCAGGAGAAGCUGUUCCGCCAGGAGUUUGAGCAGCUGGCCAACAACAAAAAGGAGAUCGUGGCCUUCCUCAAGCGCACGCUCAACCAGAGGGUAGAUGAGAUCACCGAACUCAAUGAGCAGCUCCAAAGUCUGCAGCUGGCCAAGGAGAUGGAGAAGGACGCCUUUGAGGCACAGCUAGCCCAGGUGCGCCAUGAGUUCCAGGAGACCAAGGACCACCUCACCACAGAGAACAUCGUCCUUGGGGGUAAGCUGGCAGCUCUGGAGGAGUUCCGGCUGCAGAAAGAGGAGCUCACAGAGAAGUUCACGAUGCUGGAGGACCAGCUACGGAGGCAGGAGAGCGAGCACAAGGACAACAUGUACAACCUCGAGAAGAAGUCCCUACUGGACAAGGACAGGCUGAAGAAGGAUAUCAUCCAGCGCGUGAACCUGGUUGCCACUGAGUUCCAAAAGCUGGCCACUAGCCAGAUGUGGGACACGACAAAGCGGGCCAUCAUAGAGAACAACACAGUCACCCUGAAGCUGUCCAAAAUAUCCCGGCAAGGCGCACAGCUGCUACAGGAGAACGAGCAGCUCAAGGGCACCCAGGACAAGCUGUACAAACAGCUGGAUAUGUUAGAGAACACCCAGAAGGUCAUGGCCAGCCAUAGCAGAGGCCACCAAAAGAUCAUCCUCAUGCUGACCGAGAAGUGCCGUGAGCAGCAGCAGGUCACAGCAGAGGCCGAGCAGCUGCGCCUCCAGCUGAGCCAAUUGGAGCAGAGCAUCCAGCAGUUGCAGCAGGACAAACAGGCACUGAGGGGUCAGAGGGACCAGCUGAACCUGCAGCUGGGGAGGCAGCAGGCUGAGGCACAACAGCUACAGCGGAAGCUGACUAAAGAGCAGAACGUUCGGGCAAACUUGGAGACAGCCCUGUCCCGGGCCACCUUCAUCCUACAGGAUAUCCUACAGAUGCAACCCAACGAGGAGGACAGCGACUCUGUGGUCGUGUUCCAACUGCAGUGCAAGGAGAUGGUGCAACAAGUGCUGGCCGUGCUCAGCUCAGCCGUGGUCCUCGGCCCCCGGCCCCACAGCCCACCCAGGGACAGCCAGCCUGGCACCCAGCCACCCAAGAUGGGGUCUCUGCCCCAGCAGCUAUCCGGCAUCACACUUUACCAGCCAGGGAACCUGGGCCUGGUGCCUCGAAGGGCCCACAUCCCACCCAACCCUGAGGACCUCAGACUGCUCUCACACACCACCCGCGUGGGAACCUUCCGGCUGGGCAGCAGCCCUGAGAUCUGUACCUCUGGUUCUCCGAAAAGGUUCAAAAAGUUUAGUCUUCCUGAAGUUUCUCUACUUCCCAAGUAAGAUACAGAGAGAAGACCAGUCCCCAUCCCCGAAGUGGACCAUUGUGGCCACAGUCCCCUCUUUAAUCUAUAGGUGGCUGGAGCAGCCCAGAGCGGAGUUCUAUAUAAAGUGGAUAGAAAACAAAGCAAACAA